AUGUCUCCCAAAAGCAAUGUUUUAAGUGAGAACAUCUCACGAAAAUCUCCGUGCGACACAGAGGGUUCAUCCAGAGUAAAACCCAAGUGGAUCACAGACUUCGUCAUUAUGCCACAGUUUACAAAAUUCAUCGUCGGAACUGGAGACCGAGAGAUUCAGUUCUUUGAGUUGUCGUCAUUUGAGCCAUAUUGUCAGAUCAGUGGUCUGGAAACUGUUCCUCUCAAACUCGACUACUGUUCUACUGGCCAUGAUGAAAGCCUGAUCCUGUUUGGUGACAGUCAGGGAGCAGUCAACAUUCUUGUCAUCACCUCCACUGGCGAGUGUCUCAGAACUUGGAAGAAAGCGACAAAAGUUGAUGGUUUCAUAGCGAGUGUGUCACUGAACGAUGCUGUCGGACCCAACGUCAACUUUAUACGAUGGGCCGUAUAUGGAGACUGGGUCCAACAGCUCAAGUAUUACCACGACAUUGGUCAGGUGAUUGCCUGCUAAAACCAUGCAAACACUGCCCUCGUCAUUGACUGUACAACAGGAAGUACCCACGUUGAGGCCCAGCUCAAAGAGAUAAAAGAUGUUGGGCAGAAAGAGAACCGGGAACCAGGCACACAUGUACAAGAACGCGCCCGACAGAACAAAUACACUUAUGGGCUCAUGAAACAACGCCUUGAGACCGAUCAGUCUGUGUUCAAGGUGUACAAAGGCGUGAAGUACUUCAACUUCUCGAAGGAUAAGAAUAUCAUUGACUUUUUGUCACAGGUUGACCGAGUCGUGAGGCUGUGGAAUCCAUAUGUGCCAGGGAAGCCAACUGCCAUGUUACGAGGACACAGCGCGCCGAUCUUCUUCCUGUUUGUAGCCGAGGAGGAGAACAGUAUAUUCAGCAUUUCUACCGAUAAAUGUAUUAAGGUGUGGGACAUCCAGGAUCACAUGUGCCUCCUGACGAUCCGCCCAAAAAGCCACAAGAUCCGUGGAGAUCUGCAAGCAGUUCACUAUUCCAAUAUCUCAAAAACAGUUGCCGUGGCAACAGACCAGAUGGCUGCACUCAACCUAAGACUUAAAGUUGAGAAAGACUUAGUAGGCGGAAGGCCGAGCCUGAAUGCGGACAUCGUGCUUACCCACAAAGAACCAGUGACAGGAUGUCUCUAUAACCCUAGCUUUAAGCAGGUCAUCACGUGCUCAGAAAGCUCGACAAUCAAGAUUUGGGACUUUGAGACAGGAACAGCUAUAUUUGAGUACGGUGAAGCCCAUGGUGACUCUGCAAUCACAUGUAUGACUUUCGACAAAUGUGAACGGAGGUUGAUAACUGGGUGUCGAGAUGGUCUGAUUCGAAUCUGGAACUACAAUAAUGGCCACUGCCUCAAGGUUUUACAGAAAGAUGAAGAAAACGAAGAGAUCUGUGACCUGACAUAUGUUGAGAUGAAUCGUAACAAGUACAUCGUGGGUGUCGGCUGGGAUAGGCGUAUCAAUAUCUACAGCGACGACGUCAACGACAGCAAUAUUCACCAUGUUCAGCACCCACUGCCAAACUGGCAUGACGAUGUGAAUCGUGGCCAUAAAGAGGACAUUCUAUCUGUUGCUCAGUGUCCGCCAAACCUUCUCGCUACUGCCAGCUAUGACGGCAAGAUUAUCGUCUGGAACAUGGUCUCUGGCCACAUCUUUGCCAACCUCAUGGCACCAAAACCAUCGGACUAUGUUGACCAGUCAUUGGAUGGAGAUCUGAGCAUUAACAAGCUGUGUUUCAUGGCAACCCGGGCAUACAACAAGGAUGCAGGCUCCCUGAUCUCUAGUGGCCCCAGGGCUCACAUCCAUAUAUGGAAUGUGUUCCAGGGAGGGACCCUCAUGGCCCAGUUUGCUGGGUCAAACUCUAAGGGUGCUAUGGUGAGUGUGAUGGAGGUGAACAAGGCCAACACAGUUCUGUUUACGGGUGACAGUCUCGGCUUUGUCUACCUCUGGGACAUUGAUGGAUACGCUGCCACACACGUCGAGUCCGAACCACCAGAAGUGACGAUGACAUGGCGAGGUCACGUGAAGAGCGUAACGGCCAUCUCUCUGGUGGAAGAACAUAAACUGCUGAUCACAGCGUCUGUAGACUGCACAGUCAGACUCUGGAAUAUGGACGGCCACUAUGUUGGUACAUUUGGUCAGCCUGACCCUUGGGACAUUUACAACCAGGGCACAUGGCAACACCCGAUGGUGCCGUAUGAUGUCCUCAUUGACCCCAUGAGUCUGCCAGACCACCCUGUUGUCUCUGAGAAACAGAACAUGCAUCAGAUCAUUUAUGAAGAUAAAUCUUCUACAGAUAAGACAACGCGGACCCCCACUCCUCCGGUUGUGUACAGCAAACAACAGUACCAUAUAGAUGAUGACACUAUAGCUAGUCUCAUUAGGGAAAAGACCUUCAAGAAGGGAACAGGGAAAAGACAACGUCAUGAAAAGCUCCGCCCUGUGCGCAUUGAUAGAGGCGGGCCAAGCGAAUACCAGAUGCUUCGAACCCUCGAUCUAGAAGACACACCCAGACCUAAAACCCCCACCUUGAAAUUGGACAAGAAUGAUCCUUUCAACUUUAACUUUAUAGACUGAGAAAUAUGUGAUAUUCUAUUGUUUGACUUUGCCAUUGGAUUGUAUAUUGAAUUAUUGUCUGUGAUAAAAAUGAAUUUCUGCUGCCAGAUGUGCAUAAUCGUUUGAAAGGGUAAGAAAUGUAGAUUAUAAAAUUUUAGUACAUGUGUAAUUGACAUGACGCUAAAUUGGAUCAAAAACACCUCUUUGUUUAACAAAAGAAUAUAUUGAAUCCAAGUUCACAUGUAUUUGUAUGUCCAGGGUUAUCAUGUGCCUAGUAAAGCAUUCCAUUGGUUAAACAGUUAUGAAUAUUUAAAUCAUGGUGAAUCAGCAUCAUGUUACCAUGUGACUUGUAAAGCAUUCCAUUGGU